UUUUUAGUUCCUCAAGGAAUUUGCUUAACAAACUUCUUCCAAAUAUGUUUACGUUUAGGUUGGAAUUGUUUUUCAACUUGAAUCAUAUUUUGUGUCCCAAAUUUUUGUCAGAUAACUCAUUACAGAAAAUUAGCUUUCUAGAUUAUUCCUAAAAAAAUUCAAUAUCAGCAUGGUAAUAUGUUGUCUCUGCCCCGCAAUUUAGUUGCAAGAAUUUAUGCUUAUGUAAGUAACAGUCCACUGAAAAAUACUUCAAGUGUUCACUUCUGUUUUAUGUUUGUUAAAGAACACGAAACACCUCUAUAACGUUUGAAACUGUAGAUCAUUCAUUAUCCAUUGUUUUUUGAUUUUACUCGAACUUUUCUUAACUUGAACUUUUUUUUAUCCCCCCUGAAGGUUCAAGUUAAGCGUUUCAACAAAAAGCUCUAGGGACGAGUUUGGCUGUUUUCAUAUUUGUCUUGCUUCUAAUACCAACAAACAAUUUUCGUUCUUUAGGGGUUUUUAACUUUUUUCAAAAAGCCUUUAGUCUGAGCCCAAUACCUAGAUAAUCUUUUUUUUCUGUUUUAAGAAGUUAGCACACGUAAUAAACUUUGGUAUGAAGGUAAGCUAUUUGUCAUUUUGUUAUCACACACAUGCGCGCAUGCGUGGGAAAUGAUAACAAAUCAAGAAAUGGUGGGUAAAGCUGUGUUUGUGAACGUUAAAACAAGUCACAGGUUCUGUGAAAUCUUGUUUUGUUUAUUUUUGUUUUUAGAGUAUUAACCAAAAGAAGUUCCAUCGUUGGUGUCAUUACAACUGGCUUUGUUUAUCGCUAUUGCCUUAUAAGAAAGUAGAACCUCUUAAAAAAGCAGUCAAGAGUUGAAACGAAGCAGACGAAAUGUUGACAAUCACGCUAUUGCUUACAUUUGUCGUCCCUACACUCCACAAUGAGUUAUCGACUUCAAGCACGACAUCUCCAGUGCUCAGUGUCACACCCUCGAACGUGAAUAAAAUUACGUGGUCAAACACGACCAUAAAAACGGUUACCGUCGAUUGGGCAUCAACUGAAAGCACAACAAAGAAAAAGAAAAGAAAAAAGAAAAAGAUUUCGAUCGCAGGGAAAUCGAUGGCUGAAAUAUGUGCCAUGUUCGGAAAAUUUGGAAAAGAUUGUACAUGCGAAAAACUACCUCGAGGCCUGUGUAAAUUUAUCAAGACAAAUAAAUCCGCACGCAACAAAACGGAUGUUACUUUCAGUUGCAAUACAAACAUAAAUCGACUGGAAGCUGGUUUAGCUUUGUUUACUUCCAUUGUUGGUAUCAUUGGUAAUGGGAUUGUUAUGAUUGUGACGGUAAAGUUUUGGAAAUCGUCCACGAGGCAUCAGAGAUUAAUUGGUGCUCUCGCAUUUGCUGAUUUCACCUUUGCUUUUCCACAAAUUAUGCUUCGUGUACCAAAAAUAAAUUCCUGCGUCUGGAUAUACAGAGAAGGAUGGUGCAAAUUUAUUCAAGGCUUUAAUAACUGGUGUGGUCACAUUGCCUUGGGUUUUAUUAUGAUUAUUGCAUUCGAAAGAUAUCUGGGUGUUGUGCGGCCAUUUAGUCGUGGACUAACUAACGUAAAUCUAGGUAUGUUAAUAUUUUUAAACGCAGUCAUGGCAACAGCAUCAGUGGCACCAAUGGUUGCAGUGCUUGGCCUGGACGAGUUUAAGUUGUGUAUUGAAAAAUGGCCAAAAUCUUAUAGCUCGCUUGUUUACUCGUGGUAUUUGACAAUAUUCUAUUUCAUUAUCCCAAUGGUUAUUAUUGGAUUUUUUUAUUACUACAUCAUGAAAACACUUCGCACUGCGGCUUACAAAAAUAAAAACUCGUCACCGAUGGAUGAGACAUGGCGCAUUAACAGACGGAAGGAGAACGAAAGGAUUAUGGUUAUUUUAGCCGCCAUCUUUGUUGCAUUUUUUGUUUUGGUCCUACCUAAUCGGUUGGUAUGGUUACUCAUUGAUCAUAUUGGCGUCGACAAUAUGUCAGAUGGAUUUUACAACGCAAUAAAACUAGUUGGGCUGAUACCCUAUUUUUGUCAUGUGGCGAUCAAUCCGAUUAUCUAUUCCGUAGUUGAUCGGAAAUUCCGAGAGAAAGUAUCAAAGUUGUUUUCUUGUUUCCGAAGAGAUAUUUCGAUUUCACAUAGGAUGAAAAAUUUCAAGCCAGCGAAGAAAACCAAUUCGACCUCAAGUUUGAAAGAAGGAUCAAUAACAGCAAGGGAAGGAGUUUUUCUUUAAAAAUGACAAUCUUGUGUUGUAAACAAUAAUAGGUGACUUCACUUUUGGUAUAAUUGGAUGUUCCGACGAAAAUUUUCGUGGAAUUUUGCGCCCUAAUUUACAAACACCAAAUGCGACCGCAUUGUAGACAGCACGGUUACAGUUCAAAGGUUAUGAAUCGAGUAAUUCCUGUUAACAAGAGGAAUGUUCAAUUGUGCCAAACCUGACGAAUUUCUGGCGAAUGGUUGCCAGGAAAAUGCAAUUUGCUGUAUUUUGUUUAAAGGAUUAUUUUCGAAUGGGAAGCAAAAUCACGAACAUUAAUUCCGUAUUCAUUUCGUCCACGUAUUUUCAUAAAAAAAAUUAAAUGAGAAAAAGGUCAAAAGUCUUCAAAUUGAAUACAGUUAGCAGACCAUUAGCAGUCUAUUUUUCUGGUUAAUAUGACGGAGACUUGUCAGUGGAUGCGUUAAAAUCUCAAACUUUUCCCUUACGCGAUUACCACUUAAGCGUGGAAUAUUUCGUUAAAUACAUUUUAUUAAGAUAUCUCAAAUACAACAUUUUGUAAAUAAAUUUCUUUACAACAGCUUAAUGUACAUGAUAUAAUACAAUUUAUUUUAUUUUUUGAAUUAUAAAAAGUUCUUAUACGCGAUAAUUAUUAUUCAUUCAA